AUGGAGCAGAAUACAGACGUAUUGCCGUAUGUGCCGAAAGAAGACAGGACCUGCUGGAUUUGUUUAAGUUCUGAAGUAGAUUGCGAUUCGAUCAACUUGUGGAGCAGACCUUGUCGUUGUCGUGGGGCACUUAAGUGGGUUCAUCAGCCAUGUCUUCAGAGAUGGAUUAGCGAGCAACAGCACAGCAGAGAAACAGACGCUAUUUCUUGUCAAAUAUGUAACACACCAUAUGUGAUAAUUUAUCCCAAUUGUGGGAUUUUGUAUAGUAUUUUACAAUAUGUUGACCAACUUACUCGUUCUGUAUCGUUCAUCCUUACUGGUGGAAUUAUUUUUGGAUCAUUUUACUGGUCUGCUGUUACUUACGGAGCUGUGACAGUGAUGCAGGUUUAUGGACAUCGACAGGGUUUACAAGCCAUGAGACUUACAGAUCCCCCUCUAUUAUUACUUGGAUUACCAACUAUACCUGUGUGCCUGAUUUUAGCUAAAGCGAUCCAGUGGGAAACUAGACUCCUUAUUUUAUGGAGGAAUCACAUAAGCCGUUUACCUUUUAUCCAGCUAUUUCGACGCAAAGAUCUUCCUACUUGGCAAGUUAAUGAGGCUGAAAUAGAAUUACGCUCAGAAAUAUCUGAUAUACCACGUCUUAUUUGUAGUGCUUUAGCUCUGCCAACAAUAUCUACUAUUCUUGGGCAUCUAUUUUUCCAGAGAGUGCAGUCAGCUACUCGUAGAGUUUUCCUGGGUGGAUUAACAUAUCUUGGAAUCAAAGGUUUAUUGACUGUCUACUAUCGAGAGUUACAAUAUUUUCGAAUAUGCUACAGAGAAGUGAAGGACUAUACUGAAUAA